AUGAACGGUUCCUGGCAGCCGAAUGGCCAAACGGCGAGCCGCAAUGGCCAGCCGCAAGACAAUGUUCCCAGGCCACGCAUGCCCAUCGUCCAAGAAGCCCUCCCGUACACUCCGCUGAGUUCCAUCAUUCCGUUCAGCCCAAAUGUAAUACCUCCACCACUCGCUCUUCCAACCGACGCUCCUUCGCUCUUCACAAACCUCAACGAAGCUCAAACUGGUCGGGAUUUACUUCAACGACUAAGUUCUGGAGCUACAAGCGCUGAAAUCGCUUCGAAGCAGUGCCGGCAGACUCUCGACGAUGUGCAAAGGUUGCUAGAUCCUGGUACCUUGACGGACUACCACUUCAAGAGUCGCAAAAAUUUCCUAGCACCGCCGGCAAACGGAACAAGACCAGCGUUGAAGCUGUCCACAGCGAAACUCACUCCGUUCGCCAAGAUGGCGCUCGAUCAGGCCGACAUUCCGUUCCGAUACCUCACGCCGGAGUCUCCAGAGCUGAAGCCAGCGAAGCCUGCGGCUACCCCGAUCCCGGCGCUACAGCCACAGCAGGUCUUGCAGAAUGGAUAUCAGACAGCACCCUCCUCUCAGCAACGUACGACUCACGCUGUGGUCGUCCCGAACAGCAUCACCCCAGUAGAACGUGCGCAGUACCAAUACAUCCCGGCCUCCGACGCUGCUAGCGGUGCACAUAGCUCGUCUGCCAAUAGGGUCAGCAUCUCUCAACAACAGAAGGGAGAUCAGGCGGUGCAGAACCUUCAAAAUCUGCUGGGCGAGAUCUUUCAAGCGGAAGAUGCCCUGGAGCCCGACACAUCUGGAGCUAUCUCGACCAUUGCUGCCGAGUUCUUUACUGCCAGCGAUGUCGAUGGCUGUCCUACACCAUUCCUGCAACAUCCGAUCCAGAUCAAGCUGGUUUCUGCAGUGCAAAAGGCUGCAGUGUGUGGGCGCCUGGACAAUCUAGAAGUCGAACAUCUAUCUCGCGUGCAGAGGCUCUGUGAGCGUCCCAUGGCAGCACUAGAUUCUCUGUCCUUGUCAGUUGGCGACGAAUGGUCCGAUCAAGACGUCGAAGAGUGGCUAUCGAGACUGAAAUCGGCAUGCAGCGGCCUGGCGGCCAUGCGGACUUUGAUGUUCAUCAUGGCUGAACUGGCGCACAACAAAGAGCUGCAGUCUGAAGACUACCUCCGCGUCAUCCUCGAUGGCCUCAAAGCUGUGGUUGAAGAUUUUAUCACAGGGGUGGUGCAAGAACCUGCUGCUUUACGGGAGCGCAUCCGGGGCGAGAAGGAAGCGCCGCCAGUGAAUCCAAAGUUCGUAGUUUUGUCUGGCAAUUCAGAAGAAGUGCGCUCAGUCUUGACCGCCGCCACAAAGAGUAUGCGGGCACUGGGCGAUCUUUUGGUGAAGACCGAACUGGACGAGACCGCGAUUUCUAGCGUUGAGGCUCUUUGCAAAUCAGUCAUCUUUGCAGAAAAUGCAAGCACCGAGAAGGACUCUGCCAUUGGGAUACAAAGAUUCGAAGAGUUGCGCAGGUGUGCUAUGGAUGUGCUAGCAAAGGUCUUCACAAAAUACGACAACCAACGCAGAUACAUUUUUGACGAGAUCCUGAUGUCCUUGGAGAGACUGCCUGCGACCAAGCAGAGUGCUCGCCAGUACCGACCGACCGACGCCAAGCCCAUCCAAUUGCUCUCUGCGCUGCUGAUGCGUCUGAUUCAGACAAGCGCUACUAAGAGUAGUGAGGCUCUGAAGCUGCGCACCACUAACCCGCGUGAUGAGGCUGACAGCGAAGAAGAGAGUGCGUCUGAGCAAGAGUCGGACGAAGAGGGCUCGGACGAGAUAACAGUGUCGCGGAAGAAGCACACGGGAGGCAGCGGUAGUCUGCUAUCCAUCACCGCCCCUCUUCAUGAGGCUGCUCAGCGCAACGCAAGCUAUGUUGUCAACAUGCUUAUCCAGCGCGCCCUCUCGACGUCGAAGUCUAGCGAGGAGCCAUACCGGAAGCUGCUCGACAUCUUCACCGCCGACUUCCUCAAUUGCCUUGGCUUGCCGGACUGGCCUGCCGCUGAGUUGCUGUUGCGCACACUCACGAUGCGCAUGAUCGGUAUCAUCAACGAGGAGUCCAGCACCGCCCCGCAACGGACCUUUGCUCUCGAAUUGUUGGGCAACAUGGGCUCAGGCAUCUUGGAGCUGCAGAUCGCUGCGCGCAACGCCGCAAGUGCCGCCGAUGUCAACGAGUCGCCUGCUGUCCCUCCGUUGCGGGACAUGGUGGCUCAGCUCGAGACUGCCGGGCUCGACUCAUCUUCAGCCUUGUCAUACCAUGGACCGCAUCAUAUCGUUGUCCAGUACAUCGACGAGCGCAGCGCGAACAAGAACGACGCGCAGCUGAUAACCGCCAAGGGCUAUCACCUCAUGCAGUGGGCCCAUCUCCUGGUUGGCGGUCGUGAAGGCUCAGCAGAGUCUGAGUCCAACCUGGCAUCCCACGAAUCGAGAGAUCUUCGGUCCAAGCUGAGGAAGAUGCUCACAGAUCCCCAUUUGUCUGAAGACGACCAGGGGACUUACCACAUGACCACGCCUACCAGCAAAUUGGCCGCCAUGGUGAUUACCUUGAACUCUGCCUUCUGCCGGGCGUUCAACAAGAUGUUCUACAUCCUCUUGACGGCAAUGAGCAGCGAGCAGUCGAGCUCCACGGUCAAGAGCCGCAGCCUGAAGAGCAUCGUUACGCUACUUGAGAAGGACGCGACUCUGCUUGAGCGGAAUGCUUCUGUCUUCCAACACAUUGUCCGCUGUGUGGGAGACAACUCGCCCCUCGUGCGAGACUCUGCGCUGAGCCUCAUCGAGAAGUGCAUCUCUCUUCGACCGGCCCUAGGCUCGAACGUCGUGAGUACAAUCAUCCUUCGUACCAGAGAUGGCGCGAUCGGUGUCCGCAAGCGAGCCAUGAAGAUGCUCAAGGAGAUCUACUUGCGCAACGAAUCGACCAACGUCCGCUCAGCCAUUGCAAACGCUAUCAUCGCUCGCAUUGAGGAUGCAGAAGAGAGUGUUGUGGAGAUUGCACGCACGACCAUGGAGGAGAUCUGGUUUCACUCGCUGUACGCCAUGAAGAUGGAAGGCGAAGGAGCCAUCAAAGCGAAGCUGGCCUACACGGCCCAUGCAGCUCUAUUCAUCAAGACUGUCGAGUACGAUGACAACGCGCUCAGUAUCCUGGAAGCCUUGCUCAAGCGCCUGCUCACCAGAUCGAAGCUGGCAGAAGCGAACGGGAGAGUGUGCCGCACGCUCAUCGCUGUGUUGUUCGACGGGAUCAUUGACACCAGCGACAUACCUGGUUCGCCCUCGCAGAGUGGCAUUCUACGCUCGUUGACGGUCUUUGCCAGGGCCAGUCCGCAGCUGUUCACGUCUACUCAGCUUCAACGCCUGGAGCCGUACACGCAGAACCUCAACAGCAGCGAUGACCUGGAUGUCUACCGCUCUGUCGUCAUCAUCUUACGCUACGUCCUGCCGCACAGGAGCGUCAUGAACCGGGACGUUCUGACUCAAUUGCAUCGGACACUGCUCAAGAGUGUCACCAAAUUGCAGAAGGCGGAGCUCAACGAAGCUGUGCCUUGUCUCUGGACAAUCAGCGGCUUGAUUGGCGAGACUCAUCUAAUCGCAAACUUCGUCAUCUCCGUCCUGGAAAAGAUUGCGUCUGUAAGCAUCGCAGAGCUCGCCACGGAUGAGAAGAAGGCUACGACUGUGUUCAGACUGGCGAGAAUUGCUGGCGAGUUCGGCAAUGCAUGCGACCUUGACAGCUUUCUGGCCGACUUCACGAAGAAGUUCGUCAAGUACAAGGGGCAUUCUGUCGCUGACCUUAUGGUCGAGACUCUGUGUCCCUUCACCAGCCCGAAGUGCCCGUUAGUAGUUCGAGAGGUUGCAUUGGAGGCUAUCUGCUCGGUCGCACAGGCGUGGCCUAAGCUGUUCACGAGGAAAGACAUCGAGAAUGCUUUCGACACGGUGUUUAGGGAACACCUGCCGGAACUCGAAAAGGUUCUUCUUGACGGACUGGAAGCUUUCUUCGUCGCGCAAGAGACUCCGGAGCCUGGCGAGGAUGGACAUGAGCUUGGUACCGGCGUCGCCAGCGGCUCCGACCGCCUCAGCAAGACCUACGUCGCCUCAGACCAAGAUGGUGCCGCGAUUGCGAUGGCUCAGCGCUUCAUCUCCCAGAUCAUCAGCAUUGCCGUCUCAUCCCGCGCCGAACAAGCAUUCGUGGCGGCGAGGCUUGUUGUUAGUAUCAACAAGCAAGGCAUGGUGCAUCCGAAAGACAGUGUGCCUGUACUUGUGGCCCUUGAGACUUGCCCAGACAAGGAUGUUUCCAACGCUGCGUUCAAAGAGCAUAAGUCACAACAUGCGAAGCACGAGAGCAUCUACGACAAGGAGUACAUGCGUGCUGUACAGCGGACCUUUGAGUACCAGCAGAAGGUUAUCGGGGACGCGGCUGGCUUCCAGGGCUCGCCGUCGACCGCGAAGAUGCACAUGACAUGGGAGGUCCUGAAAGGUGCGAAGGCGACGGUACGGAGGAAGUUCUUGACAAAUAUGGCGCAGAAACUGGACUUCGAUCCUACCAAAGCUGCUCUGGCGCAGCAUCUCGGGUUUGCACGCUUUUGUUUGCAGAAUCUGGCCUUCUUCGAGUACGACCGUGUGGACGACUUACUGCCACUGCUGGCUGCACUCGACAAGCUCUUCGCUGGUACAGGCUCCACCGUCGCCCAGGCUAUCGAGAGCGAAGUGCUCAAGAUGGGUGUCGAAGGCUUGACCGUGCCGGGCAGCCAGCCCAACGGAACCUCUGAUGCCAUGCCGCCAACCAUGGCCGUCGACCUCGACCCGCAGCGACUUCAUCAGCUGGCUGUCUCGUCGCAAAUCCUCACGCUGGCCCACGAGACGCGCUCGUUCUUGAUCCGCAUCUGGAACAUGCAGAAGCACUUGACGAAGACGAAACAGCAGAAGGACAAGGACACGAAUAAGGCUCCAACCCGCUCCACGAGCGCGCCUACAUUUACUGACGCCUUUAUCAGGCGUGUCGCCGACGUCGGCAGGCCGCUCAGCACCGAAGACGAGUGUCACGCCAUGUGCAGCGCCUUCGCCGAACUGCACUCAGUCGACAACGAGGUCAAGGCCGCAUCUGAGGGCGAGGCCGACGACGCGGAGCUGGCGAACGGGUACGACACGCCGAGCGAUCGCAGCAAGAAGAGCCCUUCCUUGCCGCCGGCGAGCGGUGGUGGAAAAGGCAGGAAGAGGAAGUUGUCAAAUGCAGGUACUACGCCGAGAAAGCGAGGACGUCCGAGUAUGGGUGGGAAGAGGAAGAGUGGUUCUGCUAGGGUGGGGGAUGACGAAGAUGCUGGGUGGGAUUGA